AGAUGAAACAGUACGUAGGUAUUGCCGCGUCCCAAAUGAAUCUAUUUCCAAAAACUAUCAGUGUAAUCCGCGGGCGUAAUGUGUCUAGCAAAAUCGCGUAAAUUUAAAUUGACUGCCAACUUCAUAACCUCAAGGGGGAAUUUUCCUUGACAUUCGCAUGUCAAUUUUUCCAACGCGAUUGUCAUUUUUUAUUUGCUUUUAGUAAAAAAAAAACUGGUGAGUUUUUCGAGUGCUGCAAGUUUACCAAAGUCCCUGAAUAGUGCGUUCUUCCAUGGGCAAUUGAGAAAAGCGUGAGUGGACAAGUUUGUGUGUGAUUUGCGGGAAGAGCGGCGGAGAAAAAUGGAUGUGGAUGAGAUCUGCAAUGACAGCAGUGGCCAGAGGGCCUCCCCGGAGCCGCGGGCUCAGGACGACAUCGACCAAACCCUCCUGCAGUCAUUCAGUUGCCUGGGCACGACGGAUCACGAGGAGCUGAUAAACCAGCUGCAGCAAAUCAUUGGCCAGCAGAUCAGCUACACAACGGCAAAGUUCUUCCUCGACAUGAACAACUGGAACCUUCACGCCGCGGUCGGAUGCUACUUCGACUACUACACGGGCCUCAAGACCUUCUCCAUGAAGGUGCUGGUGAAUGUGACGGAGCUCAUCAAGAUCCGCCCCAGCACCAACUAUCUCCAGACGUGGAUGGUGCUGAACGACGGCGACGAGACGUGGCCGGAGGGAUGCUACCUGCACCUCGUCUCACCCACGGAGAAAACCAGAGUACCUGUCAAGCGACUGAAGCCGGGCGAGUCCGCGCGCAUCGACGUGUGGCUGGUAUCGCCGGCCGAGCCGGGCGUGCAUCAGUACAAGUGGCGAAUGAGCACGCCCUGCGGCAUGUUCUACGGCGAGACGCUCUGGGCGAUGGCCGAGGUGGACGAGAAUGCGCCCAACAUCCGGCCGGAGGACAGCGCGGCGCAGACGAAGGAGAUCGAGGAGCGCCUGCAGAAUCUGUGGGCGAACGAGACGCGGCCGGAGACACGCAUGGAUCUCGUGCCGCACCAAUCGAAUUUCAUGGGGUGGCCCAAUAUUCCCGCCUCGCAGGGCAUCGCGCUGCCGCCCCCGCCGCCCGGCCCCUCCGAGGACACGGAAAUGUGAUUGGGGGAGGCCCCAGGACUCCCGACGGCGCCCGCAGCACGAGUGAGAGGUAUAAAUUGUACUUGUAAAGCAUCGUAAGGGGAGAAAGCUGUUGUUUUCACAUCUUUAAUUCCUUCCAAAAUUAUUCUUGAGGUAUAUACAAAAUUCUAUUGGGAGCAUAAAUGCGAUUUUCCGUUAUUUCCUUCAAAUCUCCAUGAGAAGAUUUUCCAAUGUACGCGAAGGAGUGACAAAUCUCUGACCAAAUUAAAAUUAUGGCGAUUCGAGCAUUUCCAUCGUGAGCACCAGUGGCGUAGCGGACACGGAAAACAUUCAGUCAGACAAAGGCUAUCGUUGGCGUUGCGUUGAAGUUGGCAAAGCGACGGUUGAAUAUUUCCCAAGUGCCAAAAU